UGUGUGUGUGUGUCAGUGACAGAUAAAGUACAGAGCGGACCUCUCUGUCAGAUCACAGCUUCUUCACUUGCAGAGCAGACCGGUUUCACCUGGAGGACUGAUCCCAGACAUGAGGCUCUGUGUCCGGGCUGCUGGAGCUUGGCGUCUCCUGCCUGUCCUGGUUCUUCUGACUGUCCUCCAUGUCAAAGCAGACCCGCAGCAACCCAAAGAGAGACACUAUUACAUCGCUGCUGUUGAGAUAGACUGGGACUACGCUGGCAAUGACACACACAGGUCUGGGCCCACCUAUAAGAAAGUGGUCUUUCGGGAGUAUGACGACAAAGACUUCAGACAGCCCAAGCCUCAUCCCUCCUGGUUAGGUCUGCUUGGACCCACGCUGAGGGCUCAGGAGGGCGAGACGAUUGUCGUCACUUUCAGAAACCUGGCCACAGCCCCGCACAGCAUCCACCCACACGGCAUCGCUUACGGGAAACAGUCAGAGGGAGCAAACUACUUUGACAACACGUCCCAGAAAGAGAAAGAGGACGACAUAGUGCGGCCGAACAGUCAACACGUUUACUACUGGGAGGUGACGAAAGAGGUUUCUCCACAGCCAAGCGACCCUUCCUGUCUCACCUACACCUACAUCUCCCACAAAAAUGUUGUCGAGGACUACAACUCAGGCCUCAUUGGUGCUUUACUCAUCUGCAAGCCCGGCACGCUGGAUGAGUCGGGGAAGCAGGUCGGCGUCUACCAUGAGUAUGUCUUCCUCUUUGGGGUUUUUGACGAGAAUGAGAGCAAGUACAAACCAAAAGGCCAUGCCAACCAUGUGAAAUACACCAUCAAUGGAUACACGAUGGGAUCGCUACCUGAUGUCAGUAUGUGUGCCUACGCCUCUGUGAGCCUGCAUCUGGUUGGUAUGAGCUCAGAGCCCGAGGUGUUCUCGGUGCAUAUGAACGGGCAGGUGCUGCAGCAGACCGGCCACAAAGUGUCAUCAGUGGGGCUGAUCAGCGGCUCCUCGGCCACUGCCAGCAUGGUGGCUCUGCACACGGGCCGCUGGCUACUCUCCUCACACACCAUCAAGCACAUGGAAGCUGGCAUGCAUGGUUUCGUGGAUGUGAAAAAGUGUGACAACUUCCAAGCACCCCAGCGAAAGAUGACCAUUGAACAAAAACGCCAAAGCAGGGAGUGGACGUACUACAUAGCUGCAGAGGAAAUCAUCUGGGACUAUGCACCUAAUAUGCCCGAACACAUCGACGAGGACUUCACGUUGCAGUACCUGAGACAGUCACCAACACGCAUAGGUGGGAAGUACAAGAAGGCAGUGUACACGCUGUUCAAUAAUGAGUCAUUCACUGAAAGGUUAGAGUCCAAGCAAAGGAAAAAUGAGCUUGGGAUCUUGGGCCCAGUGAUCAAAGCGCAAAUCCGAGAUGUCAUCAAGAUUGUUUUUAAGAACAUGGCCUCCAGGCCCUACAGCAUCUAUCCACAUGGGCUCACAAUAGAGAAGUCAGACGAGGGAGUAAACUACCCAGCAGGAGGCAACCAGUCUCAUGGUGUUCAGCCAGGUGAGACACACACCUACAUAUGGAGAGUGGUCGACGAGGACCAGCCUCUCGAAGGAGACUCUCGAUGUCUGACACGACUGUACCACAGUGCAGUGGACACACCGCGAGACAUUGCCUCAGGGCUGAUAGGGCAAAUCCUUAUCUGCAAGAGUCGGUCCCUCAAUAUCAGGGGGGUGCAGCUGAAAGCAGACAAGGAGCAGCAUGCUAUGUUGGCUGUAUUUGAUGAGAACAAGAGCUGGUAUCUGGAUGAAAACAUUCGCCAAUAUUGCGAUCGAUCCAAAGUCAACAAGGCAGACCCGGACUUUUAUAAGUCCAAUGUCAUGCACUCAAUUAACGGUUAUGUGUUUGAGAGCGGCCCGCUCUUGGGCUUCUGCAAUGGCGAGAUUGCAACAUGGCACGUGUCCAGCAUUGGAGCACAGGACUACAUCCAGACAGCUACUUUCUACGGCCACACAUUUGAGGUGAAUGGGCGGACAGAAGACUUCCUCAGCCUCUACCCUAUGACUGGAGAGACCAUCACUAUGAACAUGGACAACAUUGGUGUCUGGCUCAUGGCUUCCCUAAAUUCCCAUGAGACAACCAAAGCAAUGCGUGUAAAGUUUCAGGAUGUUGAGUGCUUUCGUGACAACCUGUAUGAGUACAGUGACGAAUCAAUGGACUUUAAUGCGUGGAACCCUAAGAGCAAGGAUGAAAUAAAGAAGGACGAGGAAAAGCCCAAAACUGUGAUAGUAACACCAGCUGAGCCAGACAUUUACACAGACUUGUUUGCAGAUGAAUUAGGUCUCAGGUCUAUGAAGAACCAAUCAAGGGCCUCGAGUCUGGAGCAGCUAGACCUGUCUUUUCUCGACUAUGAUGCUGUUGAUGUUCCCGACAGAGAUCCGAAUAUCACCCUUAAUUCCAAGGAGAUGAAGAAAAAAAGUGAGACCUCUAUUCCAAAGCCAAGUACACUAAAUGAGACAUUGAUUUCAAAUAGGGAAGAGGUGGAUGAACUGAACCAUACAGCGGUUAAUUUGCUAAACAAAAGCAUGAGCGAGAAUACAACACAUGUGCAGAACAGUAGUGUGCCAUCAGCUUUUGACAAUUCAUUGGUUUAUAAAACAGAGAACACAACCCUGUUAUAUAGCCCAAAUAAAUUACUAAAUAAUGACAGCAUAACUACAGAAAGCAGUGCUUUUGUAUCAAAUCUCAUUAAUGUUUCAGUGUCUGGAAACACAACCGUUCACAUUGCUACGGUUUUAUCAAUGGUUCAAAAUGUAUCCGCAGAGAUUACCAAUCAUACUGCAGUAUUAAAAGAAACUACCAAUCUUAGUGCAGCUUUAAGAGGAGAUUCAAGUUCCAUCUUGGACACUGAAAAAGUGCACGUAACCCUGACUGGUGAUAACCUGACUUCCGUAGGCAUGGUCUUGGCAGAGGAUUUUGAGGAGAGACUCACCAGAGGGGAUGUGUUUUCCUACUCUGUGCCUCAGUCCAAUUCCAGCCUAAACAAUCUCCACAGUACACCAGAGAAAAACGCCACCUCUAUGCCACACAGUUUAAAAAAGGAAGAUGAGAAUAACACAGCAGCUAAUCAGGUUAACGUGUCAGCAGACGGCACAAACUCUCCAUUGUCUAUUCCAAAGGCCCACGUUGAAGAGGUUAACAUCAUUAGCAUAGAGAGAAGCAACUUGACCAUCUCAGAGUUAGAGGUGGAGGCUACAGACAACAAAACCAGUGACAAUGACUCCCUGAUUACCACCGCCGAGCCGUUUAUUUCUAUGGCUAAUGUUGAAGAAGUUAAAAUCAUCAGCAUAGAAAAAAGCAACUUGGCCAUCUCAGAUUUAGAAGUGGAGGCCACAGACAACACAACCAGUUAUAAUGACUCCCUAAUCACCCCAGCAAAGCCAUCUAUUCCGAUGGCUGACGUUGUAAAGGUUAGCAUCAGCAGCACAGAAAGAAGCAACUUGACUAUCUUAGAUUUAGAAGUGGAGGCCACAGACAACACAACCAGUGAUAAUGACUCCCUAAUCACCACAGCAAAGCCAUCUAUUCCGAUGGCUGAUGUUGUAAAGGUUAGCAUCAGCAGCACAGAAAGAAGCAACUUGACUAUCUUAGAUUUAGAAGUGGAGGCCACAGACAACACAACCAGUGAUAAUGACUCCCUAAUCACCACAGCAGAACCAUCUACUCCAAUGGCUGAUGUUGUAAAGGUUAGCAUCAGCAGCACAAAGAUAAGCAACUUGACCAUUUUAGAAUUAGAAGUAACGACCAAAGACAAAGAAACCAUUGACAAUGACUCCCUGAUCAAAGCAGCUGAGCCAUCUGUUCCAAUGGCCGAUGUUGAAGAAGUUAACAUCAUCAUUAUAGAAAAAAGCAACUUGACCAUCUUAGAUUUAGAAGUGGAGGCAAAAGACAACACAACCAGUGAUAAUGACUCCCUAAUCACAACAGCACAGCCAUCUAUACCAACGGCUGAUGAUGUGGAGGUUAGCAUCAGCAGCACAGAGAGAAGCAACUUGACUAUCUUUGAGUUGGAGGUGGACAGUGACAAUGACUCCCUGGUGACCACAGUAGAUCCUGAGUAUGGACUUCAAAUGAAUUCCACUGAAAGUGUACCUAUUUCAGCCAAUUCCAGCCUUAAAGAUGUAACACAGGUAUUGCUUGGAACUGGACCCUUACAGAAUAUGACAGAAAAAACAUUAAGAUCAAAUUUAUCAAAAGAGAUUAGUUCAGAGAUUUGGGAGAAUGUCACAGCACUUCCUGGUGAGUUGAACCACACAGCUCCUGCAGAACGUUUGUCCAAUGAGACAGAGCUGUACGUCUGGAGCGAUGCGGUGAGAAAGAACAACUCUGGGGGAGCCGUAGACAGCAUUGAAGAAGUGCUAAUCUACCUCACAGAAAACAAAACGCACGUGAUGAAAACCACCAACGUCAAAAUGCAGGAGCACAACUGGACUUAUGAGGAAACUCACCAAAUGGAAUUGAUGGAGAUCCCUGACUACAUGAUGAAAUAUUUCGGGAAAGAAACCCCUAAAACGACACCACCUCCAAAGAAGACCAAGAAGGUGAACCUCCGACAGAGGCCUCAGAAGGGCCAAGGCAUGAAAACAAAGAGGAGGAAGGAAUACAAGCCUCAGGCCGUGAGUGGAUUACCAUUCUCCCCCCGGGGGUUCAAUCCAGGAGUGACCCCGCGUGGGGCACGACCACUUUUAACACAGCCCCUAUCUGAUGAGGAGGAGCUCAUCAACAAGCCUGUGGUCAUCGGUGUGCCCAGGCCUGAUUUCAGUGACUACGAGCUGUAUGUUCCUGGAGACGACCCAGAUCAUCUAGGGUUGGAGGAAAAUGUAAAGGCAGAUGAAUAUGAGUAUGUGACAUACAAAGAUCCCUACAAGGGUGAUGAGGACAUCAAGAAUCUUAACCUGGAUGACACAACCAAAUACUACUUAAAGUUAUCUGGCCCUAAUGUCAAGACUUAUUUCCUCUCUGCAGAGGAGGUUGAGUGGGACUACGCUGGCUAUGGACAGAGGAGGCAGGACGAGUCACAACCAAACAGCAGAGAAACUAAGUUCACCAAGGUGGUUUUCCGAGGUUACAUGGACAGCAGCUUUAGCACACCUGACGUCCGUGGAGAGAUUGAUGAGCACCUCGGGAUCCUGGGACCUGUCAUCAAGGCCGAGGUUGGGCAAAGCAUCAUGGUGGUGUUCAGGAACAAAGCCAACCGUCCGUACUCCUUACAUCCAAACGGGGUUUCCUAUACCAAGCAGACAGAGGGUUUGUCCUAUGAAGAUGGCUCUAAGUACUGGUAUAAAUAUGACAACGAGGUUCAACCCAAUACCACCUUUACGUAUUUAUGGAAGGUCAAUUCCAUGGUUGGGCCAAUGGCAGACGAGUCUCACUGUCGGACCUGGGCCUACUAUUCAGGCGUUAAUCCCGAAAGAGACAUCCACUCUGGCUUGAUUGGGCCUUUGCUGGUGUGUCGAGAGGGAACCCUGAAUAGGGAGUCAACUGACAUGAGGGAGUUCACGCUGCUUUUCAUGACCUUCGAUGAGUCGCAGAGCUGGUACUACAAGGAGAACCACGAGAUGAUGCAGAGGAAAAGCCGAAGGAGAUUUAUGGAGACCAACUCCAAUGAGAACCUCAAGUUCCACUCCAUUAAUGGCAUUACAUACAACCUGAAGGGCCUGAGGAUGUACACCAAGCAGCUGGUGUGCUGGUACCUGAUCAACAUGGGUUCUCCCAAAGACUUUCAGAGCGUCCACUUCCACGGACAGACGUUCCUCCACAAGAAGACCACCAGCUACAGACAGGCCGUCUACCCACUGCUGCCUGGGAGCUUUGCUACUCUGGAGAUGUUUCCAUCCAAACCGGGCCUGUGGCAGCUGGAGACGGAAGUUGGUUUCAACCAACAGAAGGGCAUGCAGACCCUCUUUCUGGUUCUAGAUAACGAGUGCUACCGUCCGCUGGGCUUGGAAUCAGGCAGUGUGAAAGACAGCCAGAUCACAGCGAUCAACACUAGAGGAAACUGGAAGCCCCAUCUUGCCAGAUUGAACAAUCCGGGUAAAUUCAACGCAUGGAGUACAGAGCAGAACAAGAGCUGGAUUCAGGUGGACUUCCAACGGCCAGUUGUAAUCAGCCAGGUGGCCACGCAGGGAGCCAAGCAGAUGUUCCUUUCCCAAUAUGUGGUCAAGUACUCCAUCUCCUACAGCACCGACCGCCAGAAGUGGAUCUUCUACAAGGGCGACAGCAGGGACCUCAGGAAGGUAUUCCCUGGGAACCAGGACGCCCACACAGAAAAGAAAAACAUCUUAUUUCCUCCUGUGGUUGGACGCUUUAUCAGGCUCCAUCCCAUCAACUGGUACGGCAAAGCCACAGUCCGCAUGGAGCUCUUCGGCUGUGAGCUCGACGGUUGCUCUGUGCCUCUGGGGAUGGAGAGCAGACUGAUAAAAGACCAUCAAAUCACAGCCAGCUCCACAGCUUCCAGCUGGUACUCCGGACCCUGGAAACCCUCUCUCGCACGCCUCAACACACAGGGAACCAUCAAUGCAUGGCAGGCUAAGCAUGGGGACAUGAACCAGUGGCUUCAGGUGGAGCUUCCCACAAUUAAGAAGAUCACAGGUAUCAUGACGCAAGGAGCCAAGUCUCUGGGGAAAGAGAUGUACGUCAUGUCCUACGCUCUACAGUACAGCAACAAUGGGAUCCACUGGAACCAGUACACAGAUGAUGAGAGCGUCCCUUUCAAGACUUUUUUGGGAAAUACCAGUAACAACGACCCCGUGAAAAACUACAUCUACCCUCCUAUUUUUUCCCGCUUCAUCCGAAUCAUCCCAAUAAGCUGGAUGAACUCCAUCACUAUGAGAAUAGAACUACUGGGCUGUGACUUUGAGUGAUACAUCCAUCCAUUCCUUUCUUAGUCAUGUCAGGCUCAUCAUAUGUGCAAAGUGCUUUUGUUGUACAAAUAUAUGGCCAGUAAAAUUAGUUGUAAAACUCAGUGGUAAGCGUAGUACGCAUGAGUUAUCCCUUUUGUCAAUAGUUGUAUGUAUUUUUGAAAUACUAGUUGUAUUUUAAGCUGAUAUGUGACAUCAGAAAUGAAUAUAAAUGAAUGUAAAUAUGUUAGGACAGAUAUAAUUUAUUUUUUAAUAAAAAAUAAUUACCAUUUUUA